UGAGCCUUUUUAUAUAUUAUGAAAUGAGACUCGGUGGACUGCACAGCUGUUUUCUACCUGCUGUACAGCACCGGCUGAAGGAACAGCUAGAUGAAGUGCAACCAUGCCAUGGUGUGAAACAUCUCUGGUUCAAGGAGGUGAUCUAGGUCCCUCUGCACCAGGGCUCAGCAGAAACACAGUAUGAAGUAGGGUGGCUGGCUACCCCUAAAAGAUGAGCUCAGACCACUGACUGCCUUUCGCUCCUUCUGCUAAGCCAUUUAAGAAUUCGUUGCUUUAAUUUCUGGGUUUGGACUGGUGAAUGAAGGGAUUAAGCUAGUGAGGCCAAGCAGGAAAGCUACAGUGUGGUCGGAAACCAUGCUUGAGAUUUUCUUUGGAGCUGACCCUUCUGCUCCUUUGCAGAUGAACAUACUAAAUUUUUAUAAACAAAAUCCACAGCAACAGUGUUAGCACUGCUUUAUGAGAAACAAGAGUACUUUUUUAACAAGACGUCCAUGACGUUUGUUCUCGGUUUAUGUGCCUAAUUUUACGGGAAAAAGGAGGUGGAAGACAAGAGCCAUAUAAAAUCUCAUGAGUUGAGGGAGCCAGCACUGAAAGUACCUGUUGCAGUGUUGUCACAGCUCUUCCUCAUUCCUCCCGCUUCACUGCGGUUUUCUAGAGAUCCGAGUAAAUUAGCUACAUCUGAAAGAUUAUACUGCUUUUAUUACCAAUGUUCCACCGUGCCGCCUCUUGGAGAAAACAAGAACACGCUCUUCUUCUGUCUGUCUUCUGCUGUUAACGUGCAUGCCCUCCUCAGCAAGCACUUCUGUCCUGGCGUUGUCCCCGCUUGUUUUAACCAGGUGUUGUGCCAAUGCCCGUCGCCGCGGCUGGCCGGGGAGGGAGCGGGAGCGCCGCCGUGCCCCUCGCCUGCUGUCGGACCCUCCGAGGCGGGCUGCGCUCGGCCGCUCCCCAGCUGGCGGGAACCCCUCUGAGGAGCCGCGCCCGCCCCCCUCAGCACCGCCAUCUUUACUUCCCUCCCUGCAGCGGCGAUGUUAACGGGCGGCGGGAGGAGCUGCCCGCCUGCCCCACCCUCAACGGCCGUAACGGUCCGAAGCGCCGCCCCAGCCCUCUGACGACGUGCCCGGCUGUCGCAGGGGCCGGUCGGCCGCGUCCCUGUCGUCCUGUCUUCCCACUUCCUCCGUCUGUCUGUCUGUCCGUCCGUCCGGCCACCGUCCCGCAGCAGUGUCUCCGCGAGCCAUGGCGGUGAGGCGGCCCGCCGCUCCACCCGCUCGCUCCUCCCGGUGGCUAUGCGCGCUGCCUGGGCAGCGAGCGGGCGCCGCCGCGGACCGGGCCGCGUUGCUGCUCUUGUUGCUGGUGGCGGCUGCGGGCCGAGCCGGCGUCUCGGCCGCGGGCGGCCCGGAGGUGCACAGCCUGCGGGGGAGCUGGCGGCUGGGCAACGGGAACGGCUCGGUGGUGCUCCGAGGGGAGGUGCCGGGCUGCGUGCACACCGCCCUGCACCGCGCGGGCCUCAUCCAGGAUCCAUACUAUAGAUUUAAUGACGUGAUGUACAGGUGGAUCUCACUGGAUAACUGGACUUACAGCAGGACAUUCAAAACUCCUUUUGACAUCAGAAAGUGGCAGAAAAUGAAUUUGGUUUUUGAGGGAGUGGAUACAGUAGCACAGAUCCUGAUUAACAAUGUCACUCUUGGGAGAACAGACAAUAUGUUCAACAGAUAUAGCUUUGAUGUUACCAGUGUGAUCAAGGAGGUCAAUUUUAUUGAAGUCCGUUUCUUAUCAGCCAUUACCUAUGCAGCAGAGCAAAACAGAUGUCACAAAGGAUACAGCAUCCCCCCAGCAUGCCCUCCACCUGUGCAGAAAGGAGAGUGCCAUGCUAAUUUCAUCAGAAAGGAGCAGUGUUCAUUUAGCUGGGACUGGGGCCCUUCUUUUCCCACUCAAGGAAUCUGGAAAGAUGUUAGGAUUGAGGCCUAUAACCAUUAUCACCUGAUUUACUUUUCUUUGACUUCUUUCUUUGUAAAGAGUACUCAGAAGUGGCAUCUUGAAAUCGAGGCUAUUUUUGAUGUAGUCGGCUCCAAGCCCAUUGUGGGUCUUGUAACUGUGAACAUUCCCAAAUUGCAAACACAGCAAACAUUCAAUGUGACGCUUCAACCUGGAGAAGGCAGCAUUGUGCUGCUUGUAAACAUCAACAAGAGUUUUGCAGUGGAGGCUUGGUGGCCAAAUGGACAUGGAAAACAAACUGGAUACAACAUGACAACAACUUUCAUCAUGGAGGCAGGAUACCAGAUUGAGAAAUUUUCAAAGGCCUAUUUUCGAACAGUAGAACUUGUUCAGGAGCCUAUUCAUGGCUCGCCAGGUCUGAGUUUCUACUUCAAAAUCAAUGACCGACCCAUUUUCAUUAAGGGCUCGAACUGGAUUCCAGCAGAUUCUUUCCAGGACAGAGUGACCUAUGACACAUUAUGGCUACUCUUGAAGUCUGCAGCAGAUGCUAACAUGAAUGCACUUCGAGUUUGGGGUGGAGGUGUAUAUGAACAAGAUGAAUUUUACGAUAUUUGUGAUGAAAUAGGAAUAAUGGUUUGGCAGGAUUUUAUGUUUGCAUGUGCACUAUAUCCAACUGACCAGAAUUAUUUAGAAUCUGUAAGAGCAGAAGUUACUCAUCAGGUAAGGCGUUUAAAAUCCCAUCCAUCAAUUAUUCUGUGGAGUGGUAACAAUGAAAAUGAAGCAGCAAUUGCAAGCAACUGGUUCUCCAUACCUUAUGCUGACAGAGAAGUCUAUAUCAAAGACUACGUUAUGCUUUAUGUGAAGAACAUCCGAGAAAUAGUUGUUGCUGAAGAUAAGAGUCGUCCUUUUGUUGCAUCCAGUCCCACCAAUGGCUUAGAGUCAGUUAAAGAAGGUUGGGUCUCUCAGAAUCCUUAUGAUACCCAUUAUGGUGACACUCACUUUUAUGACUACAGCAUUGACUGCUGGAAUUGGGCAGCGUAUCCUAAAACUCGUUUUGCUUCAGAAUAUGGAUUUCAAUCAUGGCCUUCCUUCAGUACAAUCAAAAAGGUUUCCUCUGCUGAGGACUGGUCCUACAUAAGCAAUUUUUCUCUCCAUCGACAACACCAUGAAAAUGGCAAUGAUCAGAUGCUUCAACAGAUUGGGUAUCAUUUCAAGCUUCCCCAGAGCACAGAUCCCAUAAAGAAGUUCAAAGAUACGAUUUACCUCACUCAGGUGAUGCAGGCUCAGUGUGUAAAGACAGAAACUGAAUUCUAUCGUUUUAGUCAAAGUGAAAUAAUCAAGGGAGAAGGACACACAAUGGGAGCUCUGUACUGGCAACUCAAUGACAUUUGGCAGGCACCUUCCUGGGCUUCCUUGGAGUAUGGUGGUAAAUGGAAACUGCUCCAUUAUUUUGCCCAGAACUUCUUUGCACCACUGCUGCCUGUGGCCUACGAAGACAAAGGUGUGUUGUACAUUUAUGGUGUCUCAGAUCUUCAUGUGGAUCACAAGCUUACUUUGAGGGUCGUUGUGUACACCUGGAGUUCUUUGGAGCCAGUAUGCACCCUUUCCAAAGGCGGUGUUACUGUUAAAGCACAAAGUGCUGUCCCCAUCUACAAGGAGUUCAUAAAUGACUUUCUGGAAAGAUGCCAAAAUUGUACCAGGAAAAGCUGCGUUGUUACUUUCUGUCUUGUGGGAGAAGAUGGGCUCCAGAGUCCUACAAACCAUCACUUCCUUUCAUCACUAAAGGAUGCUGUAGGAUUAGAAAAGACCCAACUUAGUGCCUCUGUUUCCCAACAAGAUGACAUUUAUAUAUUUGUUCUUCAGACCACUGCAAUUGUUCCUUUUGUGUCUCUGGAUGUAGGGAGUAUAAAAGGCAGAUUUAGUGAGAAUGGUUUCCUCAUGACCGAAAAGAAGAAAGUGGUUAUGUUUUAUCCUUGGGAACCUACCAGUGUUGAAGAACUAGAGGAGUCGCUAACCUUGACCUCUCUGGUGGACGUUGUCUGAGGAUACUUCAUUUCCUUCUAGACAAGGAGUGAAACAGAAGGAGAAAAAAACCUAGAAGAAUUUGAAUGAAGUUGAAGUGACAUACAAUUUGAACUGAUUGCAGAAAAUGAUGUCUGUUCCUGUCAUGUGUGAAUUUUAACUGCUGCUUCAAUGUAAAGAUACCAACAGCAAAGCUUGCAUAUAAUAUAUGUGGUGUAUUGAAAGUAAGGCUUUCUCAGGUAAUGGAGCAAAUAUAUCCCAUGUAUAAAAUGGGAGGAAGUGAGUCGGUGAAAAGAGCUGGUCCAAGUUCUCCAAUCCCCAUGAGAUUGGAGUUGUGAAUUCAUCCUAAGAGGCAACACAAAUAUGCACCUCUAGAGUAUGGCUGUAAAAAUCUGUGGUUUUUUUCAGUUUCACUAUGCUGUAAGUGAAACAGCAAGGUAUGCUGGGGGCAAGGGGAAGGGCAGGGAGUGACGCUGUGACUACCUCCACAGGUAUGCCUCCAAUUGGAGUUGUUUGAUCUAUCUACACCCAAACUGGGAAAGCACUAGUCCUACCCUUUCAGAUCUGUGGCUGUCACUCUGCAAGGUGUCUUACCUGCCUCCUUGCAAGGUAGGCUUCCAAGCUGACCUGAAACCAGGGCUGUCUAGUCAGGCAUCAGGCAGAUCUUGUUCCCUCUUCUGAAAGGGGAACAGAGUCUGAGACUUGUUUUCUUCUCUUUUCAUGCAACAUGAGCAAUAACCUUAAGAGCUCUACAUCUAACUUUGACUGUUCUCAGAGAGUGGCAAGUGCAGUCACAAACCUUUUGCUGCUGUGUGGAUCCUGCAUAACGUGGCAUAGUGCAAGAUAUGCCUGGCUGUUGGAAAAGGAACAGGGGGAAGAGUUGACCAAAGGUGCAAAGGGGAAUGAGUAGUACAGAGAAGAAAUGGUCACGUGAGAGGACCACAAUGUUACAAGUGACUGCUUUUUCUCUAGCAAAUGCAUAAUUCAGGGGCUGCUGUUUCAGCUUAGGCAUUGGCUGCACAGCCGUUCUGUUAGCUCCUGGCAUUCCACAUGAGUGGCCAGGCAAUCCACACUGAUCCUCCUCUUUCUUGCAAAGAGAAAACACCUUAUUUUUACUUCUUUUUGUGUGGAGUCUCUGUAGAAGACACUGUUGACUCAUGAUUAGAUCAGGUGGCACAGAUCUUAGUCCAUCCAUAGUAAUGGUGUUUCAACUCUAGUCUAAGUAAGUUGUUUUUAAAAUGUUUAGGUUUCCCAUAGAAAUGCUGUCUCACUUUGGCCUUUGAAACAAAGAAAAUAAGCUUGCCUCAGCACUGGGGGCUGCUGUAGCCUGUGGAGCGGAGAGCCUGAGGGUUUGGCUCUCAGGAAAUCCAGGCCACCAAGCUGUGCCUUGGGCAGGUUGCUAAACAUUGGCCUUGUCUGUCAGCAGUGGUUUGAAAUGCAGCUGGGAUCGUACUGGCGUUCCACACGGAUCCUCUCACAGUCCAAGCAGGUAUUAAUUUUCUUGAAAAGCACUUAGCAGAAUCAGCACUUUACAAUAGAAGGUGUUUGAACAAGCUCUACUGGUGAUGGCCAUCUUUGUUGUAAAAGCACCACAUGGGCGCUGCUUGCUGGGGUCUGAGCAUGUGUGGGGAGAGCGGCUGUGUGUUCCAUUGGACAGCUAGAGAGCUUGGAACUGGGGGUCAUUUUCUCACAGUGAUCACAGUUAUAAUGAGUGAAGAAACAAGCAUAUUGACUGGUGCUUGGCGAUCUCUGGUGCUUUUUGAAUUGGGUGUUAACCAAAAGUGAUGUACUCCUGAGCAAGACGAAAAACUUUAAAGAUAAAUGGAAGUUGCUUACAAAUGCGUUAUUAGGGCAUCAAAACAACUAACUGCAGUUGCAUAGGAGGGCUUUUCUGAUUAAAAACUUAUCCUAGUUGAAAGAAAACAUGAAAGAAAUCAAAAUAUGUGCAUGUGCCAAUGUUCAUAGGUUAUGUAAAAUAAAUGGGGAAAAUGAUAGUCAUGAGUAAAACUUAACAGUUAGAAAAUGCAGACAUUGACAAAAGAAUUUAAAGUUAUCUGAGAGGCAUCCUGGGCCAACAAUACAAGAAAAAUCCUUCAGUUUUUUCAGUGUCCUGGAAUCAAAGUGGAAUUGAAGCAGUGAUAGACAAUAUAUGGUAAGGAUGAAAAAAAUGUGGAGAAAACAUGGAAUAAAUAUGAAGGGCAGGUUGGUUGAUGUCUUUUUCUCUUACAUUGAUGUAGAGAUUUCUUCCAGCAACAUUCAGAUAGAAUUUCAAAGUGGCACUUAAUACUGUUAAAUAAAUAAAACUUUAACAGAGUUACAUGUUUCAAAGGCAAUUAAGAGGCCUAUAUGAAGGUCAGUGAUACUUGUUCUUAGUGCAUGUCAGAGUACGAGUGAAGUUUCAGAGAUGCAGAGAAGAGCUUUUGGACUGCUAGAAGCCAUAAACCUUGAAUGGGGAUAACUGUGACCUUGUUUAGCCUCACAUGAGUUUUAGGCAAAAUCAUGAAAGAAAUUAUGUGGCAUGUGAUCAGUAAUUGAUGGAGUGGCUCUGCAACUAAUGCCUGUCAGCACUGCUGUGCAGAAGAGCAUUCUGCUGUUGCUUUCUGCAGUUACCGGAUUGGCAUAAAAAAGUUAGUUCGGACAGUUUCUAAAUUAUUGUUAGUUUUGAAGGUCAGAAGCUCCCUAAAGAGUAGGUCCAUUCUUUCUUACUGGAAAACUUUAAUUCAGCACUAGAUGCUGUUAUGAAAGAUUAACAAUUGCUUAAGGCAAAUGCUUGAGCUCAAAACAGAAUUUAAUGGAGGAGGUUCACUUUAUUAUUGUCUUAAUACCCUUAAUAUGUUCUUUUGGUUUCCUGGUGUUGUCGUGGGUAUGUAUUUAUAGAUGCUAUUUUCUUCUCUCCCACAGGCAGCAGUGGCUGUAACCUGUACCUUGGUUAACUAUUUCCCCUUGGUACUUUUGCCAUUGCAUACUGUGUGUGCUAUACUUGGUUACAUUGUUCUGCCUUUACCUCAGAUCAGGGCAAAGAUAGGAAUGCAGGGCAAAGUGAAGAGAUCUUCAGAAUGCUAUUGCCCCUAUGGACACAUCCAUCUGCAGCCGUCUGAGUGUUGUGGCCGCGCAGCAGUACCUGUAUUGCCAGUUGUAUCUGAUCUGCUGGAAAUCAGCAGCAGCAGCACUGGGAAGAGCAUUUGGUAAGUGUCAUAGUGUUUGUCCUCGGUGUCAUUAAAUUAUUGGUUGCAACUGUAGAGGGGAAUGGUCUCAUCAGUAUUGUUUCAGGGUGCAGCCUUGUGAUGUUUGAGGGACCACUGGGCUUAUGGGCCUCUGUUUGUGUCUGGACUCCCUCUGGGCCGUUGUCCAUAGAUGGUAAAAGCAGCAGUCAGAGUUUCCCUUGGCAGGAGCCAUGACAAAUGCCCUUCCAGAACAGAAUUUGAGAAUAGGUUUUGGAAGAAAGCUGUAUGGCAUUGGCUAAUUUGUUGUCCUAAAACUGGUCUCUGACAGAGAUUGUCUCUGAACCCCUUUAGGACCUGCGGAGACCAUUUUGAGCUUCAGAGGGCACCUCUUUGUUGGUACCUUCUGCCACACAGCAAAGACUUACUUUGCUCCCGUUUACCUGAGCACUUCCUUGAAAGCUUUUCCAAGUUCUUCUACAUCUUUUCAGAAAAGAAGCAUGUGAAUGUAUCUUAAGUUCGUCUCUUUAAGUAUUCAUUAAGUAGCUCUUUGCUAGUCUUUAUUGGUACCUGCUGUUUGCAUACCUUGGGGCCUGGACAAUUUUUCUGCCUUAGAGGCACAUCUUUCUUCAGUACUUUUACUUCUACUAGUCCCCUUUUGGCUUUGGAGAUGUGUAGCAGAGACCAUUUCAUUGACCUGUAGCAGUGUUGGGUGCAGAGGAACAGGCUGGUGAGUUUCUUAGUAGAGGACAGUUGGGUUUUGUAGCUUACAAGCCAGCCUUUAUGUUGUCAGAAUUGCAGUAUUCUUUCUUACCCUCUGAGUGGUAAAUUGAGUCAUCCAAGAAAUUGUGGUUUGAAUGCUUAGGGACAUGUUCCGUUCAAAGAAUUGGGUUUACAUAAUUGCUUUCCAGUCAGAUGUUACAAAAGCAUGAAACGAAAGCUCCGAUUUUACUUUAGGGUGGAAAAACAAAGCUUAAGUGAAGAAUAUAGAACCUUAAAAUUACUUGGUUUUGUCCCUGCCAACACUGAGGGAAGGCUUUCCUACUGUAGGAAGUACAGCCAGUUAGUAAAGACCUGUAAAUGUCAGUUUUGAUUAUUAAAGUAAAGUACGCAUCUGCUACCCAUCUGCAAGUGCUCUGGCCAUAGGUUUUGGUUUGUUCUGCAGCCAAAUGUAGAAUUUCUUGCAUGGGAUACUUAAGAAGAUACUGACGUGAUUGCACAUCUGAAAGAGAAGUAAGGCAUUCAUAAUGCUCCUGUCUUCCUGGCAAACAUGGUUGUAUUAGCUAGCCCAGCAGGUAUGAUACUACUCUGCGUGUGCACGAGCACACACGUGUGCUGACUCAACUGGAAUGUUGACAAGUGCUGCUGCAGGCCACAGGUUAACUGAUGUAAAGUCAGUCACAAGCGUUUGUCCUUGCAGUAUGUGAUGAAGUUCACUGACCUGCUGGUGCUCUUCUGUAUUGUGAAAAAAGCAAGGGCAAAUGGAUGGCUGAAAAAUUGCUAUAGUCACAUUUAAAUGAGUCCAUGGGGGAAACUUCUCCAGGCUUUAAAUAAUGUACGUACUACAGCCUAGCUCCAGGCAGAGCAUCAGACUGCUUCAUAAAACCCUGACUUCAGAAAAGCAACUCCUUGGUAAUUAACUUGUGCUGUCUUUUGCUUGCAGCAGUAGGAAUCUUUUGAAGCCAGAAAAAGUUCGGUCCAUGCCUUUGGCAGUUACUCCAGCGUUGCUCUAUUGUAAGAGCUGACUGUGCACUCCAGAAGAGCCAAAAGCUGUGGCUGGUGGGAGUGAUGCCCAGGUUACUGAAGCCUAAGCAGGGCCAAGAACACCACUGUCAAUCUUCAUCUUUGAGCCAAGAAAACUGCCUGCAGGUGAGUGACCAUGGUAUGAUGCUGCUCUUUGCUUUUUCAUCCUGAAAUCAGAUACCCGUUCUGCAUUCUUAGUAAGGCCAACAUCUAUUUCUUUUUGAGACAAAUACUUGAGCAAUUUUCAUCUAGUAAGUGAGCCUGAAAUACGAAGAAGUCAGCAGCAGCUGUUUUCUGUGCAAGAUCCACAAAAGGAGUGCCUGACUGCAGGAGGACAGUAUCUGAGUUGAAGGCACGAUGUGGGCUCAAGUAUAACUAGAACAGUGGUCAUCGCAUUAGAGUUCAAUAUUACUUUUCUAAACAACCAUCUUAAAAUAAGUGAUGUGAUGCAAUCCAUCCCUGUUGCAAAGCAGCAGAACCUCUCUUACCCUUCAAGAUUAAUCUAAAGUAUGUGUACAAGCACAUUUUUGGAUAGAUGUGAAGGUUCAUUCUGUGACUGAACAGAUUACUUUCUACGGGGAGUAAACUGGCAAUGUUAGACCAGGAUGCAGUUACUGUGGUAAGUUUCUUUCUUCUUUCUAGAAAUAUUUACAGUAUUUCCACAUAGGGUUUAAGUUUCCCCAUUAGGAUGCUGGCAGCACUACCGGUGUUUGGACAGGGCAAACAAAGGGUAUUGUUACUUACAACAUGGCCAGGCAGUGACUGCACCUCCCUGAUGACAUACUGCCUUCUCACAACCUCUGUUUUUCUGUUAAUAGAGUCCCCUGCCCAAAAUCACAAUAGGACCUCCAUCAAGUAAGAUGCUCAAAACUCAACAGAACGAGACAUGGGUGACCUCAUGUAAUGUAAUACUGGCCCUGCUCUGAGGAGGUAGUUGGACACCAGCAUGAUAGGCCUGGGAGAUCAUGGCUUAGUUUAUCUUCUGAAACUUAUCCCCAGUACAUCCAAGGACAGUACAUACUGAUUUACCAUCAGUAAAUGGCAGAUGUCUGGUUUUAGAAAAGGGAGGCAGUAUAAUCAAUACUGUAAUGCAGGGCUACUGAUUCAAAUGGUUCAUUUUUCCCCUCUCUUCUAGGCCUUAGCAAAUGUCUAUGACGAGAAAGUUGUGCUGCAGUAAAGUAUUUCAGAAAGGGAGAAGCAGCUUGGGCAUUGUGUGUAAGAAACUGUGCGAUGUAUGGGCAGCCUGAGGUGAGGUGGGACAACUGAAAAAAAACCAUUUUAAAUAAAGUUUUGUGGUCAAUUU